GGGGAACUUUUUGUAUUAGGCUACCUCAGUUCUUUGGUCGAGUGAAUCGAUGUUCAACAAGUGCCUGAAUUCUCUAAGAAGAAUCACACUGUCUCAAAGACUAUUUGUUUACUUUUACUGAGUAAACUGUUUGCUUACUUCUCAUUGAAACCUUGGCGUCGCUGACAAAAGGUAAUGAAAAAUUUUACACUCGCGUGACUUUCAUUACAUCGACUUAGUCUGCGUAAAUAGUUCAGUGUUGGUAUUCCAGGCGGUAAAUCAUUUAAUUUACUCUGAGCAGGCAAACCCGGCAGCAGGGACAGAGGCUUCACCUGCGCCGGUUUGUUUGACCUGAUCACCGUGUAAUUAGUGUUCAAGAACAUUUACAAGUUUUCUUUGAUCUGGAACACAGAACUUUUCAAAAUGUAUAGUUUGAUGGAACAUGAGUUGAAAACUUCUGGACAACUGCAGAUGCACCAAAACGGCCAGGGUAUGUCCCCUAUUAGUGCCAACGCUCACACGGGGUCUAAAACCCCCUGUCCACCCGGUGUAGACCCAAUGGAUAAAGUCAAAAGACCCAUGAACGCUUUUAUGGUGUGGUCGCGGGGUCAGCGGCGAAAGAUGGCACAGGAAAACCCCAAAAUGCACAAUUCAGAAAUCAGUAAACGCUUGGGAGCUGAAUGGAAGUUGCUUACGGACGCCGAAAAGAGGCCAUUCAUUGAUGAAGCCAAACGUCUACGUGCAGUCCAUAUGAAGGACUAUCCUGACUACAAGUAUAAACCACGUCGUAAGACCAAGCCUAUGCUUAAAAAGGACAACCAGGUUGGCAAAUAUCCAUUAUCAGCCGGCAACCUGCUGGCAGCUGCAGCGGCCCAGGGAUCAGGUGGAAGCCCGAGAAUGGAAAAUUAUUGCUGGGGACCCACGGGGGGAUAUGCUGGCAUGCAGGGAGAGGCACUUGGUUACCCGCAGCAGCUUCAUCGUUACGACUUAUCAGCCCUGCAGUACCCGUCCUCGAUGACCGCUGCGCAGACCUACAUGAAUGGCGUCAACUCUUACAGCUCCAUGCCCUACGGUAACAGCCCCCAGCAAGGAAGUCCGGUGAUGUCCAUGGUGAAACCAGAGCCUGUUUCUCACUCCCCAACUGGGCCCCCAAGUCACCACCGAGGGCCUCUCCAGGGUGAACUGAGGGACAUGAUCAGCAUGUACAUCCCUGGCGGUGACGCCAGUGACCCUAACUCCCAGAGGGGCUACUCCAGUGUACAGCAGCACUAUCUUGGGGGAACUGUACCUCUCACUCAUAUCUAAUGGACACUGCAAUGGAGACCUGUCCACAGGACUCCGUACAGGGGCCAGGUCUGCACUCCGUCUCCCAAUCACAAAGACCAUCGCCUCCUUAUUAACAACGCCAGUGAACAAUGACCGAGAUGGGCUAAAGAGCUACCUCUUCUCAAGUCUGUGGUUCGUUCUUCACGCUGCUCUUGGUGGUCAGCCAUGUGUUCUAGACUGGCCCUCUCUCUAUAUCCCACUUUUUAAGAAUGCUGCUUGGUGAUUCUCUCUUGAAGUCAUGCCAUGUAUGAAGGUCUGGUGUACAUAAUGUUUUUUUUUUUUUUUUUUAAAUGUGAUUUUAUAAAUGUGUGUGCGUGCGCGUGUGCUUCUAAAUGUACAGAAAAGCCUUUUUUUUACUUAGUUUUAUAAGAUCUUGAAACUUGACAAAGUGCCCUUGUACUAUGGUCCUCUCUAGAAUAAGCAUAUGGUCAUUCGUGUGGAUUUGGGUAAACAUGACCAAGCCAAACAUGAUCGCACAAAUGCGGACAUUUAAGACCUUGACUAACCACAGAUCUGCUGCCCAGUAACAGACUAACUUGACCAUGUGGACACUGUGAUGGAAGUUUGGUCUGCUCUGUGGAGCAGUCUGUCAUUCAAAGAGUCUGUAAUUUGGUGUGUAACUUUUAAGGCAUAUGUUUAGAAUGCAAGGACCCUUUACAGUGUGAUCGGUCACCUAAAGCCUUUCUUUGUGUUCAGUAGACUGAACUGAUGAAAUUGGGUGAAAUUAUUAAAUCUUAAUUUUAACAUAUUA